CGGCCGCGGCGUCGGAGACCAGCGGAGACAGAAGAAGGGGGGAGAAGAGAAUCGCGGAGAUAGCAUGAGCAGCGGCGGCGAGCUCGCGCUGAGGCAGGAGUACGUCAUCGGCGACGAGAUCGGGCGCGGCCGCUUCGGCACCGUCCGCCGCUGCUACGCCGUCGCCACGGGGGAGGCGUUCGCGGUCAAGUCCACGCCCAAGGCGCCGCUGCGGGAGGCGGAGGCGGCGGACGCGCUCGACCUCGCGCUCGCGGAGCAGGAGCCCAAGGUGCACCUCGUCGCGUCGGCGCCGGGGCCCGGGGCCAGCCCGCACGUCGUCGCGCUCCACGCCGCCUUCGAGGACGACGCCGCGGUGCACCUCGUGGUCGACCUCUGCGCGGGCGGGGACCUCCUCUCCCUCGUCUCCUCCCGCGGCCGCCUCCCGGAGCACGAGGCCGCGGACCUCGUGGCGCAACUGGCCUCCGCGCUCGCGUCCUGCCACCGCCGCGGGGUAGCGCACCGCGACGUGAAGCCCGACAACCUCCUGUUCGACGGCGGCGGCGUGCUCAAGCUCGGCGACUUCGGGUCGGCGGGGUGGUUCGGGGACGGGAGGCCGAUGACGGGGCUGGUCGGGACGCCCUACUACGUGGCGCCGGAGGUGGUGGCCGGGAGGGAGUACGGCGAGAAGGUGGACGUGUGGAGCGCCGGGGUGGUGCUCUACAUGAUGCUCUCCGGGACCCUGCCCUUCUACGGCGCCACCGCCGCGGAGGUCUUCCAGUGCGUGCUCCGCGGCAACCUCCGCUUCCCGCCGCGCGCGUUCGCCUCCGUCUCGCCGGAGGCCAAGGACCUGAUGCGCCGCAUGCUCUGCAAGGACGUCUCCAGAAGGUUCUCCGCCGACCAAGUCCUGAGGCAUCCUUGGAUCGUGAGCCGUGGGGGAGCCGCGGUGAUGGGCUAGUUCGUUCGAUCGAGGAUGAUGAUGAACUCCAUCCAUGUGUAGAUAGCUUUUCUUCAGGCGAAGGACUCGUCUGCUAGCUGUGAAUUUUGGCUUGGAUUAGUGGCAGGGUUCAGUGGUAGUAGCGUAUUAUUAGUGUUUGUGUCCAGUAGGAGUUAGGACCAUGACGAGCUCUGGUGAAUUGGCUGGAAUUUGGGAGCUAGCUAUAUCUUUCUACCCGAGUUUGUCCGAUGUACAUACAGUGAUCAGUUGAUCACCUUUUGGCUGAACUGAAGAAGAGGGUAGUCUCUCUUAGUGCGUAGCAGGCUUGUUCAGAUGAAAAUUGAAUCCAAAAACAUGAGAAAAUUUCUGUGAAUUGCUGCAGUUCACCUAUGCA